CUCUCUGCCUCCUGUCACUUUGUGCAGCUCACUCACCUGCCAGGAUCAGCCCAUUGCGGCUCUCCUCCUGAGCGAAGUUGACUUCCAUUUCACUUUGAGGUGAAAGAUUUCAUGAAGCAAAAAUGAUUGAAACUCGGUCACGCUACAUCAUCAACCGUCCAGCUUAUUCUAGCAACUACUUUGAUGAAGAGUUUGACAGGAAAAGUAGAAGUUAUCCCCUUGGAGAGAAAAUAAAGAGUCUUUUCAGAUGUUCACCAUCCAGACUCAAACUCAUCCUUUACAGUCUAUUUCCCAUACUUGUAUGGCUUCCAAAAUACAAAAUCAGAGAUUACAUUGUGCCUGAUGUCCUUGGUGGAGUAAGUGCUGGAACUAUUCAAGUACCUCAAGGCAUGGCUUUUGCCCUGCUGGCCAACCUACCUCCAGUCAACGGACUCUAUUCGUCUUUCUUUCCUUUGAUUACCUAUUUUUUGCUAGGAGGUAUUCAUCAGAUGGUCCCAGGUACAUUUGCAGUCAUCAGUAUUAUCGUAGGAAAUGUCUGCCAUGAGCUGGCUCCGGAUUCUGAAUUUCAAUACUUUAACCACACAGCCAAUGAAAUUAUGGUUAACAACACAGCCAUGGAAGCAGCCAGAUUGGAGAUCUCUGCCACCUUGGCUUGUCUGACAGCCAUAAUACAAAUAUGCCUGGGAUUUGUGCAGUUUGGCUUUGUAGCCAUCUACCUUUCAGAAUCCUUCAUUAGGGGUUUCAUGACAGCAGCUGGCCUACAGAUCCUCAUCUCGGUUCUCAAGUAUAUCUUUGGUCUGAAGAUUGAAGCCUACACAGGACCCCUUGCCAUUGUCUAUACCUUUAUUGAUAUUUGCAAAAACCUAUUGAAAACCAACGUGGCUUCCUUGGUGUUUGCUCUGAUCAGCUCUGUGCUUCUCAUCAUUGUGAAAGAGCUAAAUAUGAAAUAUAUGAAGAAGAUUCGAGUCCCAAUUCCUAUGGAGAUCGUUAUAGUCAUUGUGGCUACAGCCAUUUCUGGAAGCUUUAAUAUGCCUGAGAAAUAUGACAUGCCAAUUGUUGGACUUAUUAAUAUGGGGUUUCCAUCUGCCACACUUCCACUAGUGGGCAAAUGGAAAGAUAUGAUUGGCCCAGCAUUUUCACUUGCCAUUGUGGGCUAUGUGAUCAAUCUAGCCAUGGGCAGAACCCUUGGUAACAAGCAUGGCUACAAUGUGGACCCAAAUCAGGAAAUGUUGGCCCUGGGCUGCAGUAACUUUUUCGGAUCCUUUUUUAAAAUCCAUGUGAUCUGCUGUGCGCUUUCAGUCACCUUAGCUGUGGAUGGAGCUGGUGGAAAAUCUCAGGUGGCAAGUUUUUGUGUAGCAUUGGUGGUAAUGAUGACCAUGUUGUCUUUGGGAAGCUACCUUAGCCCUCUUCCAAAGGCUGUUCUAGGAGCUUUGAUAGCUGUAAAUUUGAAGAAUUCUCUCAAGCAACUGACUGAUCCAUAUUACCUCUGGAAAAAAAGCAAGUUGGAUUGCAUGGUUUGGGUGGUGAGCUUCCUAUCAGCAUUCUUCCUAGGCUUGCCUAUUGGACUCGCUGUGGGAGUGGGUUUUUCCAUCCUAGUGGUAGUUUUCCACACCCAGUUUCGCAAUGGUUCUGUCCUUGGCCCUGUAGCUUCUACUGAUAUAUACAAGAACCCCAAAGUCUACAGCAAGGUUCAAGAAAUAGAAGGGAUUAAAAUUGUCACCUACUGCUCCCCAUUAUAUUUUGCUAAUUCAGAAAUAUUCAGGGAGAAAGUUAUCGCAAAGACUGGUGUGGAUCCCAUCAAAGUCUACUUGGCCAGAAAAAAGUUUGUGAAAAAUCAAGAAAAGAUGACAGCAGCAGUACAGAAAACGAGCAAAUUCAAAUCUAUCUUCAGAAAAGACAAGACUGUGUCUCUGCAAGAACUCCAUAAGGAUUUUGAAAGCACCUCUCCAACAGAUACCAAUAACAACCAGACAGCUUCCAAUGGCAACAGCAUCUCCUAUAUUGUCUUCAACCCAGCUGUGAACUCUUUAAGCCCAAAUAAUACCUCAUGUGAACAGAGAAACACAGCUGAUCAUAGGAACAGCAACUGCAGCAUUAUUCCAGCCUCCGGAAUUGAUCCUAUGAACAUAGCACCCCCUUUUGUUAACUUCCACACCAUUAUUCUUGACAUGAGUGGAGUUUGUUUUGUGGAUCUGAUGGGUACAAAAGCUUUGGGAAAGCUAUGUACCAACUACCAAAGGAUUGGGAUUAAGGUCUUUCUUGCAAACAUACCUGCUCAAGUGUAUGAUGAUAUUCGUAUUGGUGGAGUCUUUGAAGAAGGAGGUCUUGAGCCUUGCCACCUCUUUGUGACCAUCCAUGAUGCUGUUUUGUUUGCAACAAUGAACAGCAGCAGAGCUACUUGUCAUUCUGUCCUAGAACAGAGGUCAAAUCAGAUUGAAGUCUCUGUCUCAGAUGAAUCUCUGGAAGAUAGCAGUGCUGAAUUCCAAAAUUUGGAAGAGGAAAUGUUUGGAAGCAUUUUUCAUUCAGAAACACAAACAGCGCUGUGAGCAACUCAGGAACAUUCCUGUGAUGGCAAAUUAUUUGUUCAUGAUAUUUCCUUAUGAAGGUUCCUGUGUCUGAAUGGCAAGGAAAAUGGCCUUUCUAGCAAGUGGCCAUUGGUGCUUCUAUAGCACUGAGGACAGAAUGUCUCUUGGACCUGGUAUUCUCUUCUAUAAUUCCUCUUGGAUUAUAAACCUCAGAGCACCUGACUCUUGAAACAGUUGGCAUGGAAGGAAAACACUCAGGGAAUAUAUUCCAUCCAUCUAGAAGAAGCAGAAGAAUAGCUUGAAUAUCUUCUGGUUCAUAUUUUCCUCCUCUUACACCAUUUAUUUAUGGAGCCAUAAAUAUGCAUGUAGCAGACAUGCAUAUCUACUAAUUCUCCAGCAUUGUUCUUAUGAGGGAAAACAAAGGAAAAUAUGGAAAAUGUUUGAUUGCCAGAUAAAAUGCUCACAAAUUGCAGCGGUUUCAGUUCACAAGGAGGAACGAUUGUUUCAUUGCAUAGACUCCACACCAAAGUUAAACACAACUAUGAUGAUGCCUAGUUUUCCUCUAAUUUUGUUCAUUGCAACCUACUGCGAUAUUUCUUAUUUUUGUGGCCUAAAUGCAGCAACUCAAAUGCACCAAAUCAAGGGCUGUGUUUAUUUUAGUACUGGACAUCAUCCAACAUAUAUUACUGUAUUGCCUAGAAGCAAUACUGCCUUUUUCAUUAUAAACCACACCUAUUUCUGAUUUUUUUUCUCUCUUCUGAAGAAUGUGUUUAUGUUUAGAGAAUGAAAAUAUUUUUCAUAGGAUCUGUGUACAUAGAGCAUUUCUACAGUUCUUUGAAAUUUUUUCAAAAUUAAACUUAUUUGACAUAGGUUUAAUUAAACAAAACCAAAGAAGAUACUUUAAUUUAUUCUAAUACAGUAGUCCUCGACUUAAAUCCAUAAUUGAGCCCAACAUUUUUGCUGUUAAAUGAGACAUUUGUUAAGUGAGCUUUGCCCCAUUUUAUGACCUUUCUUGCCACAGUUGUUAAGUGAAUCACUGCAGUUGUUAAGUUAGCAACACAGUUGUUAAGUGAAUCUGGCUUCCCUAUUGACUUUGUUUGUGAGAAGGUUGCAAAAGGUGAUCACUUAAUCCCAAUACACUGCAAUAGUCAUAAAUAUGAAUCGAUUGCCAGGGUCUGAAUUUUGAUCACAUGACCAUGGGGAUGCUGCAAUGGUCAUAAAUGUGGAAAACAGUCAUAAGUCACUUUUUCAGUGCUAUUGUAACUUCGAACAGUCACUAAAUGAACUGUUGUAAGUCGAGGAUUACCUGUAACAUUUUUACUAUACUUGUGUUUAGAAAUUUCAAGGUUAUUCCACAUUAUUCUUGGUAUUGUAGCCUUUUGUUCUUAAUAACUAAACAAAACAAAUUUACCUUAGUUUCAUUUUGAAAAAUAAAAUUUCUGUAAGAAACAAUUAUUUUUCAGCCUGAUUACCAGUCCUGUGUAUUGUGUUCAGAAAAAGAUAUAGAAGUGUAAAGCUGUCCAACACAUUUGAAGGAGGCAUUUCCCAAAGCGCAAAACAUUUGUAGAAUGCUUUGUUCCUAGGGCAUUCAGGAAGGGUUCAAAAAAAAGUCAAAAUGAUGGCCACAAUGACACAAUCAGAGCCCAGCCCUUUUACAUAGAUUGCAUAAAUGCAUAUUUAAAAGGGGCAGAGUUUCAAUUGCAUAGUCACUGCUGCCAUCUUGAUAUUUUGACUCCCCACUAAUGCCCCUGCUUUGCACAGACUUAGUAAAUUGUAUUGCCUAAGUAUAACAUUAAAAUAAUUUAGAUUAAAACCUUCUUAGUGCUCAGGUUUUGCCUUGCAUGCAGUUUGGAUUAAAGGAUUCUUAAAUGAGUCAUAGGACUCAAUUCAAGAACAGCAGUUUAUCAUCUGAUUCCUCUCAAGCAGUUUAAAACUAGUCAAACAUUCUCAAGGUUUUUUUUUUAAUUAUGCCACAAUGAAGAGAAUCUACCUCUCAGGCAGAUUUGCCUAACUAGUUAAUCUAAGCAGAUAGUUUUUAAAAUUGUGUUUUGUAAAUGCAAAAUAAUUUUAUAUAAAAAUGUGAAUGAUGCAAAUGACCAUUGAUGUCGGAUAGUUUUUUGUUGCGAUUCUUUCUUCCACCAGGAUGAUUCUGUAAAGUGUAUGAUAUACAGGGCAUACGAUACACAUCAUAUGAACAGCCCAAACCAAAGGACGUUUCUUAAAAAGUCUCUUAAUAUACCAAAGUUUAGUUCUACCGUAUGAAAAGUUUAUCUUCAAAAUGCUAAUGGAGAAAAGCACUCAGUGGUUCUGAAAUCAAUUAAAGUAAAAUCUGAAAUUAGA